AUGUGCUCUGCGGAGUCGGAAGAAGUAGAAAAAGAUUUGGAUACUUUUUUGCUGGGCUGUAGGCAUAUCCCGUCCAAAGUGGCCAACUGCAGCAAUUUUAAAGCCGGCUGUCAAGCCCGUUUGAAAAGAAAAGAUGUUGGUGCAAUCAAAACAGCCCUGACUCUUGCUUCCAAUCUAUGCAACCCUGUUUGCAGAGAGCUAGUGCGGGAGCUUCUAAAGUCUCCAGAUAUGAACGGUUUGUUGUUCAACAAGGAUGAUCGUGUAUUAGAUCUGAGUAUUGUGCUCGCUCGCCAGCUACCCACCGCAUUAGUCUCCAGGAAACAUAUUAUCCAGGCAGACGUUUAUGCUAGGUACAGAAAACCACAGCCUGAUAAGUCUCGUUUGCUACUAUACUAUCUUCAAUUCACAGAUGAUAGGGAUAUGGAAGAAGAAAUCUUGCGGUUCCGAUCCAAAGCUCUCGGUUUAGGUCUGAGGAGCCUUGCAUUACUACCAAAAUCUGCAAUCACUGAUCCUGAUCAACUAGAUAUUCAUCUAGCAAAAGCGAAUAAUUUGAUGCUUGAGAAGCUCGCAAUUUCACUAGAUGUUUCUAUUCAAGAUUUAUCAUUCCGCUACGCACAGAUCAAGCUUGAUCCGGUUUCAGGUUUCUCGAAGCAACACAUUUCAAAUACUGGUGUUUUUUUAUCUGUCGAAGACUACAUUGAUACGCAGAACAGAUCAUGGGUUGACGGUACGUAUUCAGCUGCUUCAAAGCAAGUUGCUCGUAUGAACGUCAAGUUGGAAACCGGAACCUACAGGUAUGGCGCACCCGCUACUUUCAAAGCAGUGGAGUUUGUGAUACCAUCAAUAGAAUCCACAGAGUCUAAACUGGUGAUUUACGAAGUCAGCAUUGAUCCAGAUGAUCUUUCAGAUGGUGGAAAGCUGGAGUUCUCGAGACUUGCGCCUGGUGAUGGAGUUUUUUUGGUCGAUAAAAGCAGUAUCUGGUUCGCUCAAAUUGUGUCGGUGGAGCCUUUUAUCGUCAGAUCAAUUGAAAAGAAAGCAGAAAGCAUCAUGAUUCCUGAUAAUCGAAGACUUUGGCGGUCGAAAAUAUCAGUUAAGCAGGACUGGCCGGAAUUCUUAAUUAAGCCGCUUUUGGGUUGGCGAUAUGAUCCCGAGUCUGCUUCAACCUGUUUGGAAUUUGUUCAAAAGAACAAUCUUGCUGUGGUAGCAAUUCCGCCGGGUGGAGACUUUCCGUUGCUAGACUGGGAUCAAUUCGACCGUACUCUUUUGGUUAGCUCUCGACCUCAGCACGCAGAUUUCAAGGGAAAUGUUUACAGAGGACAAAGAAUGCUGCCUAGACUUGAUGAGCUGCUAAAAAAAGUGGGUGAUCUGGCUGCCGAAAACAACAUGAGUGCUUUUUUCAAGAAUGAUUGUCCCUCUGCCCAGCUCAUUGGCCGCAGGUUAAACCUGCUGGAAAAUGAACUAUUCACGGAAAUUGCUUGGUUAUCUCCCUUGAAAGUGCUGGAUGAAAUUCAACAUGAGAAUUAUUUAUUGAAAACUGCUGAUGUGGUGGUGUGGCCAAAACCGAUCCAUGGACACUUCAAAACAAUAGUAAUUGAUCGCGCACAUAUGUGGUCUGAGCUCGAGACAGCACACGUGAUCAAUGAUGUCUUGGAAAAGCUAGUGCUGAUUGGUGAAGCAUCUCCAAUUCCUAGCUUAUUCUCACGUAUGGUCCUAUACGGUGUCCAUUUCUGUGAAGGUCCGCUUGACGUCUCGCCAUCAGUUGCCGAACUGUACCGUGACUGGUACCCCACACUAACUCCUACGGGGGACGAUAAUCUGCCGGGCUUUGCAUCAGCUGUGCAACGGGUCCAUGUGGAUGGGUACGGAACAAUUGCAUACAACGAGCAACACGUCGGCACAGCCGAAUAUGCAGUGCUGCUGUAUCAAUACCUCAGUCUGCUGGGUUAUCCACGAGAGAAAAUCACACUGAUAGCAGAGACUUCUGGCCAGAAAGACCUAAUUAACGAAAUUUCGCUAGCGCGGGGAUGCGGGGAUGCGCCAUUCUCAGGCCCCCCCAGAAUUUUCUCGUCUGCAAGCGAUGCCCAGAUCGACGCAGGCGACGUCAUUGUGUACGCAUCAGUCUGGAGCGACCAGGGUCCGGAUGAAAUAAGUGCUGUGUACGGUAAAAAGGGAGCGUUUUUUUUAAUUCCACAUGAUACUCCUACUAGCCUUCAAGUGGUUGUAGGUGAAUUGUACGAUCGUAUUGUGGAAAAUCGCGCCCCAACGCCUCUGGUUGGCCUGCGACAUUUGGCAGACUAUGUGCAGGAGAUGAAAAGAAGGAGGCUAACCUGGUUAUCUGGGAAAUGA